AUGGAUAUCUACGGCUCCCUUCAGGUCCUCACAAUUAUUAACACAUAUCUGCCAAAUGUUCUUGGAACAGUAAAAGUCUUUGAAGGAACUCCUGGAGUUGGCUAUAUGAAAGAAAAGAUCACAAAGGUUGAUAAUGAGAAGCGUGUGAAGGAAACAGAAACCAUUGAAGGAGGAUUUUUAGCAUCGGGGUUCAAGCGUUAUAUAACUCAAUACAAAGUUAUUGAGAAAAAUUAUACAUCUAGUAUAAUAAGAUCAACAAUAAAGUAUGAGAUUGACGAUAAGUUAGCAAAUCUUACUUCUCUAGUCAACACCAAUCUGGUAGAAAUACUUGCGGAAACCGUUGGAAAGUACCUGACCGAGAUUGCACCUUCUCCUUCUCCUUCUCCAUUUCCUUACUAG